UCCAUUGAAUGAAUAUAAUGAAUAUAUCAAUAAAUCAUUGAAGCUAAGCGACAGACAUCUACAACUUGGAAAUGGCUUUGAACAUUGGUGACCAAUUUCCCAACUUCCAGGCUGAAACUAGCCAAGGCAAAAUCGAUUUUUAUGAAUGGAUGGAAGAGUCAUGGGCAAUCUUAUUUUCUCAUCCUGCUGAUUAUACUCCGGUUUGCACAACAGAAUUGGCACGUGUUGCACAAUUGUUACCGGAAUUUAAGAAACGCAAUGUUAAACCAAUUGCUUUGUCUGUUGAUACUGUCGACUCGCACAGAGGAUGGAUUGAGGAUAUAAAAGCAUAUGGAAGCCUUUCAUCGUUCGAUUACCCCAUUAUUGCGGAUGACAAGCGGGAGUUGGCAACCAAAUUGAACAUGCUGGAUAAAGAUGAGUUGAACAAGGAUGGGAUACCUCUAACAUGUCGCGCUGUCUUUAUAGUUGACAAUAAUAAGAAACUGCGCUUGUCUAUUUUGUAUCCAGCGACUACCGGCAGAAAUUUUGAUGAAAUACUGAGAGUAAUUGACUCUUUAAUUUUGACGUCAACCAAGUCUGUUGCCACUCCAGCUGAUUGGAAGCAAGGUGAAACAUGUAUGAUUUUACCAACAAUUUCCGACCAGGAAGCUUUGGAUAAAUUUCCUAAUGGUUACACCACACGAGAUGUUCCUUCGGGCAAGAAGUAUAUACGGGAAACGGCACAACCCUAAAAUAAAAUACUUAACAUUCCAAUGUUUUGAUUGUAUUUUGUAUAUUUUUCAUAAAAAAGUAAAGUAAAAAAAGACAAAAUUUUAAAA